CUAAUAGUGACGUUUAAGGUUCAGCUUCGUGGUGUUUAAGGUGGCGUCACUUGCUUGCUGGGGAAGUAUAGAGACAGAUAUACUAGCGCAUAUCGACCGAGCAAAAACAAUUUUUUCCAACGUUGCUUACAAUAUUUCAACUAUUUAAGACAGGUUGUACCGUAAAUGUAUAAAGUACACUCUUUUUUAAGCGCCACUUGGACAACAAUAUUUAGUUCAAAUCUACUAUGGAACAGUCCCACGAAAUAUUAGAUACAAUAGAAACCAACAGUGAUAAAAGUGUGAUAGAAUUAUUAAAAAAAGCAAUUUCACAAGAAAACAUCAUAGUAGAGUCAGAAACUACAGAAGAUUCUGAAACAACAGAAAUAGAAGAAAUUAUAGAAAUAAUAGAAGAAGUAGAAGAGGAAAGCGAAGAAUCAUUGGAAGCCGAUGAUCCUCUGAAAGGAAUCAGUGAUAAAGAUGAUGAAAGAAGUACAGAGAGACUGCAAAAUGAUCUGUAUGAUCGAAGUUCUGAAAUGGAACUUUAUGGUUUGGAGGAAAACAAUUCAGUUGUGAAACCACACUCUGAGAAUGAAAAUGAAAGAAGAUAUCGUUCUCAUAUGAGCAGUGGUAAACAAGUUAUAACAUAUGAUGUAGAUGAAGAUUGGCAAGAUGAAGAUAUGGAUGAGGAGGAAAAAUCUGAGCAGGAUUCAGACACUAUGGAUCAUUGCAUAGAAUAUUUACGAGGACAGAGAACACAACACAGAGAUAGAAAAUCUAUAAAUAAUCAAACAAUUAUUUUUCCUUUACAAACAAAUAGAUCAGAAUCCCGAGAUAAUGUAGAAUUGCCAGACAGAACAGAGAAAUCUAGGUUAGGUCAAGAUUUAAAAAAUAAUGUAAAUAAUGAUGAAAAUGUUGAUACAAGCAUAAGUCAUGAAAUUGUGAAGAAUGUUGAAAAUAACUUGCUGUAUACUGUCCUUGGUACAAAGAAACAAAACACUGUCAAAACACUGCAGGUUGACAAGCUCUCAGAUGCCCAUUUCAUUAAGAUGGAGCAGUUGGAUGAAAACACCAUACCAAUCGAAGGAACGAUUUAUUACGAAGGAGACAACAUAGAAGCCUUAUAUGUUGCACAAUCCGUAGAUGAUAACGAACGUUAUCCAUACAAUCCUGUGCCAAUGGAACAAGAUGAGCAAGCACCUGAAACGGUUCAUUCGGAUGCCAAUCAAAAUCCAGAAAAAGAGAAUUCUCAGGACCAAAUAUUUUUACACGAAGACGAAGAGGGUCAGCUAUACUUCAAAGACGACACUGGGACUUUACAGCCAGUAUAUUUAACCGAAGAUGGACAUUACGCUAUCGCAGAAAACGGUGUUGAUCCCAUUAGCCGAGAAUCACAAGCUAAAUCUCAACAAAAUGCUAGACAAAUCAAAGAAGAAUCGUAUGUUCUACCAGAUAUCGACCCCAAGUUCCCUCCCAGUAACACACAGAACUCUGCAGUGUCUGCUAACGAUCUGGAAAGUGAGGAUAAUACAGUGACCAUUUCUCUAAUCAUAUCCGAGGAUGAACACGGACAGAAACGAACACAAGUCAUUAUACCAACAACAGAUAAUUUAAAAUGCGAUAUUUGUAAUAAAAGUUUUAAAACUUCUUUCCAAUUACUUCGACACAAUAGACUUAAACACGCCCGUGAAGAAGAUGUUACAACAAGAAACUUCCCAUGCGACUUAUGCCCGAAAAGAUAUCCAGAUCAAAAUUCUCUAGCUCGUCAUAGAAAAACUCACACUGGUGACCGACCGUUUCAGUGCCUCGAGUGUCAUAAAAACUUUCCAACGUCUACCGCUCUACGUCGGCAUUUAACGCUUCAUAAUUCACAAUCUCGACCUCUUCCGUGCAUUUACUGCGGUCGUCGCUUCGUAGAGAAAGCUAGUCUGGUCAAACACGAGCAGUCACAUUUGGCUGACGAUCAGCGGAGCCACACAUGCGAUGUAUGUCAUAAAUCAUUCUUACAUGCAACUGAUCUGAGUCUACAUAAAAAGAAUCAUGAUCCCGAUAAGAAAUUUGACUGUGAGGUUUGUGGUCGAGAGUUCAACCGAUUGAACAAUUUGCAGAGACAUAUGAUGGUACAUCAACAACAAGGAGCAAACGAGGAAAUACUCUCUUGCGACGUGUGUGGCAUCACGUACAAAUUCAUGAGCUCGUUGACGAGGCAUAUGGUGACGACGCACAUGAAUCCAGAGAAACUGAGACAACAAGCAGCUGAACAACGGAGGAAACGGGAGAAUAACUAUCGUCGUUAUUUAGAAAAUCGGAAAAUGUACGAUACGCAACAUUCGGGGGGAUUCGUCGCAAAACGCAAUUACCAACAUAAUACGCGUUCCCUUAGCGGUAGUAACGAGGAAGCGGCCUGAUUUGCAUUUUUUAAAAGUCAUUCGACUAUCGAGAAAAGUACCAUGAUAAAACCGUGAUUUCCAAAUGAAAAAAAAAGAACGAGAGAAAUAGAAGGAAAACAGUAUGAUAAGUCUACGCGUGAUGUAGUGGAUAUUCGUGUAUCAUUUUACUGCUAUAGCGACAAUAGAUGUGCAUUUAAUUUAAUAAAUAUAUAAACAGUG